AUGUACAAUGAAGACAUGAAAUCCCUCGCUGAAUUCCUAUUCUCAAGGUCCAAAUCUCAAGACAUUCAAGAAGAAGAAGAACAACAAUUCGAUCAGAACAACCCAGUUCAAGAAAUCAUCAAGAACGAUCAAGUGAACUCUGUUUCUAUGAAUUCAAGAACCCAAGAAAUCGAAUUUCGAGUCGAAGAAGACGAUGAUGAAGAAGUUGAAUUGCCACCAGAGGAUUGUGAUCUCUUCAAAGGAGAUUGGGUUUUAGAUAAUGUGACUCAUCCAAUAUAUAGAGAAGAUGAAUGUGAGUUCCUUACAGCUCAAGUCACUUGCUUGAGAAAUGAAAGAAAAAACUCACUCUAUCAGAAUUGGAAGUGGCAACCUAGAGAUUGUUCUCUACCCAAGUUUAAAGCAAGAUUGUUUCUAGAAAAAUUGAGAGGAAAGAGACUAAUGUUUGUUGAAGACUCGUUGAAUCGGAAUCGGUGGGAAUCCAUGGUUUGUUUGGUUCAAUCUACUGUUCCAUGA